GGCACCGCCUCCCGCUCCGCCCUCUUUGCACAGCUCAACCAGGGAGAGGCCAUCACCAAAGGGCUUCGACACGUCUCUGAUGACCAGAAGACUCACAAGAACCCCAGCCUGCGUGCCCAGUGUCCAUCUGUUCGCUCUCCAACAAAAAGCCAUACUCCAAGUCCCACCUCUCCCAAGAACUCCCCGCAGCAGAGCCACGCCCCUGUCCUGGAGCUCGAGGGAAAGAAGUGGAGAGUGGAAUAUCAAGAGGAUAAGAAUGACCUGGUCAUUAACAACACUGAACUGAAGCAAGUGGCCUACAUUUUUAAGUGUAACAAAUCUACACUUCAGAUAAAAGGAAAAAUCAAUUCAAUUACUAUUGACAACUGUAACAAGUUUGGCCUUGUGUUUGAUAACGUUGUGGGAAUCGUGGAAGUGAUCAAUUCCAGGGAUAUUCAGAUUCAGGUGAUGGGGAAAGUGCCAACCAUUUCUAUCAAUAAAACAGAAGGCUGCCACAUCUACCUCAGUGAGGAAUCAUUAGAUUGUGAGAUUGUGAGUGCCAAGUCAUCUGAGAUGAACAUCCUCAUCCCUCAAGAUGGUGAUUAUAGAGAAUUUCCGGUUCCGGAACAGUUCAAGACAGCCUGGGAUGGAUCUAAGUUGGUCACUGAACCCGCAGAGAUCGUGGGCUGA